AUGUGUAUAGGUACUUCAGUACAGGAGCAGAAUUUCGGAAUCGAAAUGAUGUCUGCACUGACAAGCUUCUCUGUCACCAAGUUCAACGACACUUUGAAACCGACAUUGGCUGUAUGCGAAACACUGGUAGGUUCGCACGCUGAGCCCGGGUGA